AUGGAUGUAAUGGACUCAUUCUCGGAGGUCGAGGUGCCGGAGUCGAACGAUGACGACUUUUUCAAGGUCAUCGAAUCGUCGGGAGAAGAAGUGGACAUUUUUCUGGAAAACUGCUCCUCUCUCUACAAUUUAAUCCUCGAUUCGUUGCACAAUCUCACCUCAAAAGCAAUAUCAUGUGAAUGUCUCGACGAAAUGACAACUUCACUUGAAAAAUCGGCAAAGAAAAUUCUGGCUGAACGGCCGGAGGCCGAGAAUUCGGUUCUUCUUCGACUCAACACAAUAUGCUGUGCCAUGGAACAACUGCGUGUUCAGAAUCACGCAAAACUAAUGAGUGGUGCAGAUUCUGACACAUCCAGCUCAGCACGCAGUUCUACGUCAUCAUCGACGGGCGAAAUGCGAUCAUGGUUGCACGAGGUCGAAAGAAGACUCGAAAUUAAUGAGAAACGGAUUCGAGUUGAGCCAAAUUUGACAGUGUUGCUCUCUGAUCAACAGGCUCUCCAACUUGAAAUUCAACACGAAGGUCAACUACUGGUGAAUCGACUUAAUAGACAACUCAAAGACGAUCACGAUACGGACUCGAUAGAAGAGGAAAGACGAAAGACGUGCGUCGAUGCAAUUCGAAAACGGUGGCAUACGAUAUAUCUGAACAGUUUGUCACUGGUUUGUCGAAUUGAAGAGCUUAUCAACCAUCAGCAAGCAUCAGAAGAUUCGGAAAGCGAUCCAGAUCUUGUCGGACCACCGAUCAAGCGGGCUCGUACGCGAACCGGAGAUCUGACAGCAUCGGACACUGAAGAAUCAGAAGACGAAGAACGACAUAGUCACACAGAGACAGUGGUCACAGACGACGAUAACGUGCUUCCAUUUGCUGAGAGCGAAUACGAAAGUAUUAUGGAUGGAAGAGUAACUGUCGAUUCGUGCACUUCUUCAUCAGAAGACCAGAUGGUUGAGCCAAAAAAAUGGGAGAGUGUACAACAAGACGUUGGCUAUUCAAGUGGAGAGAAUUCGAUACAUGAAGCGUUGAACACAUGUGCCGACCAUUUACUUCCUGAGACCAGUGACAUGCGUCGAAAACGUAUCGAAUGCUCUCCAGUCAAAGCAUUCUAUCGAACUGUUCAGUUGGAGGAUAUGUCCGAUUUGGAAGUCACCAAAGCCAUCAACCACGAUAUCGAUGAAGAACCAAACUUGUCUGAUUCGAUGUAUGUCAAUCACGAUUCCACGUUCUUCACUAAUCAAAACCUUCCAGAAUACGAUGAAGUUAUGGCUCUGAUGGAUAACGACGAUCUUCCAAUGGACAUGUCAAUGACUGAAUCGUUCAACACGAAAUGGCGAGAAAUUCACGGACAGAAGAAGCCACUGAGACGUAUGUCUCGUCCGAGUCGAGAACAAAUGGAUCUGAUUGCCAAGAGCUCGUGCGACGCUUCAUCUGAGGACUCAUCUGAUGGGGAAAACCAAACAAAUCUAGAAGAUGAAUCGGAUAUGAUGAGUGUAUCAUUCAACUCUGCUUCAUUCGAAACUUCAUCUCCACUGAAACGCCAGAGAUCAACACGUGGACUCAAGAAUGCCUCAUUCCUCUACGACAGUCUGGAGAUGGAUGGAUCGUUCUGUUCGACCCGUUCCGAGAUGCUCCCACCUUGCAAGGCUCGAUCAUUGGCGCGUCGAAAGCUGCGAGUUCGUAGAAUGCCACGUAGCAUGAGUGAUGGAGAGCAAUUAGGAGUCGUUCCUAGCAAAGUAGAGGGAGUGAUGACUCCAAUGAUUCGCGUCUCACCUCCAUCCACUCCAGUUCGACGUCUUCUGAGAAAACUUGACGAUCAAAUCAGAAAUCGUGAUAGCGACACAGCUCCAGAACAUAGUGAUGCUGCACAGGCUUACGAGUGGGAUGAGUAUAAUCCACCACAAAAAGACGACUCAACAUCCGAUCGUCACACUCCAACAAUGACAGACAUCUCUAACCAAUUAAUGAAUAUUGAUGACGAUUUUGCUGAGCACUUUGGAACUUCCAGUGCAUAUCGUCUGAUUGAGGAGUCGAAAUCUCACUUGAGAGUUGUUCAAAAGGCACUCGAAGAGAGUAAUUCUGAUAUUCCACAUCUUUCGAAUUUCGAAUUGAUCGCUCGCUCGAACCUCCGUCAAGUCGAUCAAGCACUUAAAAUCCAAACCGGGUACCAGCCAUUUUUGGAGACGAGUACACUGCAAGAGCUCCGUAACGACUGGUCCACACUCUAUGAAUCGAUUCGCAGUCCAUUUGUUCGAAUUAUGCACCAAGUUAAAAAAUUCGCAGCUACUCUUCAAGAAGUUUCAUCGAUGGCAUCCCUUGGAGACGUUGAUAUUCGAUCGAAAGAAGACGUUAUGAAAGCGUUGGACGCUGUGACGGCAAUCGAACGUCGUCUGAGCUGUGAAAGGCAGGAAUUGCGUGACCUCCUUGCCUCUUCCACUUUCCGUGACGUUGCCAAAGAUCUUUCCUGUGAGUUCGAGACAGUGUCAGAAGGAUACGACGACGCUGUGGAUAGAAUCGGCAAAAUGGCUCAUUCGUUAUCGCAAGUGAAAGGAGAAUGGGAUGCGUGGAACAGUCGCCAAAACGACAUCAGAAGUGCAAUGGUUCGCAUUGAAUCUCAUCUUAAAGAAGGACAGAUGGACAAUAAAAUGAUUGCUGAGGAGAUGGAAUUGUGUCAGGAGAGAAUGAAUAGUCUGGAAACCAUGUGCAAUUAUUUGACGGCUUCUUUGGGAUCCAUUCAAAAUGAGACAAGCACACAGAAUCUUCCAGACUUCAAAGCUGAGCUCUCGAUUUAUAGCAACGCUUUGGCUAGACUCAGGGACAGAUUCAACGACAUGGUGCGGGUUCCAUCUCCACCAGUUCAAUUCCAUCCACCAGAGCCACGCCCAUCCAAGUCCAUUGGAAGAAGCAUGACCACUCAAACGGCUGAAACAGAAACUGAAUCCGAUGAACAGCCACUAACAGUCUCGGAGGCAAUCUCUUCAUCUCGUCUCAUCAAAUUCACGUUUGCUCUUUCCCUCCUCUCGGCUCUCGCCGCCAUUUUCUACUACCACGUCUUCGGAAAACCAUUCGGUCCCCAUGUGACCUAUGUGAAUGGACCACCCCCAGUCUAA